UGAGGAGAUAUGUUGUCCUUUUCUUUUCCUCUUUUCUGUCCUGCAGCUUUAAAGAAACAUGCCAAGAAAACGGGCAUUAGAAAAAGAUGACAUUUUAAAAGCGAAACGGAUAAAAGUUAGCCAUUCCUCACACCAAAGCGAGCCAGGAUUGGUGUUGACCCUGGGGCAAGGUGAUCUUGGACAGUUGGGCCUUGGACCAGAUGUGCUGGCACGGAAGAGGCCCGCCGUAGUGAAGCUCCCUGAGAAAAUUAUCCAAGCUGAGGCAGGAGGGGUUCAUACAGUGUGUCUGAGCGAAACAGGCAAGAUCUACACUUUUGGCUGCAAUGACGAGGGGGCCCUGGGGAGGGACACUUCAGAGGAAGGGUCUGACGCUGUGCCGGGCUUGGUGGAUCUGAAGGAGAAGGUGGUGCAGGUGUCAGCGGGGGACAGCCACACGGCAGCGUUGACAGAAGAUGGACAUGUCUUCAUUUGGGGUGCAUUCCGGGAUGAAAAUGGCGUCAUUGGUCUACUAGCCCCUCUGAAAGGUGAAGAGAAUUUGGAGUCUAUCAACGGCAGCUUAUUCCCAGUACAACUACAGUUGGAUGUCCCAGUUGUUAAAAUUGCCUCUGGGAGCCAUCACUUGGCUUUAGUGUCCAAUACGGGAAACCUUUACACCUGUGGAUGUGGAGACAAUGGUCAGCUGGGACGUGUGCCCCAAAUUUUUGUGGUCCGAGGAGGAAGACGGGGAUUGGAGCGGCUAUUGCUCCCCCAAGUGGUCACCAUAAAGCAGAGAGGCUGUAAGACCAAAGGCAACAUCAAAGAAGUCUUCUGUGGCUCGUACUCCACAAUUGCCAUCACGCAGGAGGGGCACGUGGUUGGGUUUGGCCUCUCCAAUUAUUACCAGUUGGGCUCCCAAGAAAUUACCACUUAUUAUUCUCCAAAGAUUCUGACGGCAUUUAAGAAUUCCACCCGAUCGUGGGUUGGAUUCUCUGGUGGGCAGCAUCACACGGUCUGUCUGGAUUCAGAAGGCACUGUGUAUAGUCUUGGGCGUGCAGAUUAUGGUAUGUUGGGCCUGGGAAAAGAAGUUGGCGAGAAGAACUCUCCCACGGCUGUCCCUGGUUUGCCCAAAUCAACUUCAGUGGCCUGCGGGGAACGAGUUGGCUUUGCCGUGACGGAAGAUGGUCACGCCUUUGCCUGGGGCAUGGGGUCAAACCUCCAGCUUGCUACAGGAGAUGAAGAGGACCUCUGGAGCCCUGUUCAGAUGUCCGGCCAGCAGCUGGAGAACCGCAGAGUUCUGUCUGUGACCGCUGGAGGGCAGCACACCGUCUUGCUUGUCAAGGAUCAACAGAGCUGACAAUUUGUUCCUGUGGUCCCACCAGGAUCCCUCCAGGGGGCGCUCGCUGUCUGAAGCUUUUGGGGCCAGGUUUUGAAGACUGCCCUUCUUGUGGGGAAAAGGGAAAAAAAACCCAACUUUCCAAAGUUUCUUUGGAAAAGAAAAUUAGCUGAGAUCGAGAUACUCUUCUGAAUGCUGGAAAUUUGUUGAAAUCCAAAGCGGAUUGUCUUGUAUCGAAUAGGGGAACCGAGACCAGCUUUCCCACCCUUAAAAAAAAGGAAAAA